CGUUGAACUUCUUUCUCGGUCUCGUUACGCCGCGAGUUAACCGUGUAUCUAUAUUAAAACUAUAUGUAUAUUAUAUAAUAUAAUGUAUACUAUAACAUUGAAUAUGCACUAAUGUCAAUGAAUUAGUAUGAUAAUUGUACAGCUUAGAUGAUGUGCGCGGCUAAAACAGUUGUUAUAUUUCACCAAUCACUACAGAGUCAUGGUCCAAUGGAUACUUUGACAAACAUUUUGAUCGUCUGAACCUUUUUUUCAAACGAAUUUUUAAAGUUUCCCGUUCGCCGAGUAUUUGAUAAAACGUUGAAUCCUGUGUACCGGGUUCUGAUCGAUUUGCUUCCAACUACGCUGUCUACGCUCUUCGUCGGACCCAUUGAUUCGACGAUCACGUAGUUGACUUGUGUGGCGCGUGCGCCGACCGAUAUUUCGACGCCUCACCGCAGGUGAAGUGGCGACAUUUUUUCCAAAAAAAUUAAUCGCGAAAUGGAACACACUAAAUUACCGCGAACAUUGCAACACGCCGAAUUGAUGAUUUCUACGGUUUUGAAUGCACCAAAGACACAAUCACCGAUAACACGCUGAACACAAAAAACUGGGUAUAGCUUUCAAUUCAAUUUUUUUUUUUUUGCAAAAUAUCAAUAGGAAUGUAUAACACUUUUGUAGUGAGUAGGUAUAUAUAUAUAUAUAUUUAAAUCUCAAUUUGUUGUUAUGAAAAUACGUGACAGCAGAGGUGAACAACAAUUAUCGAAUUACCCUUACCUCGGUGCAGGGUUUAUUCUAAGGAUUUUUAUCAACUGCCCAAAAUACACUGGGAAAUUUGUGUUUAUGGAAUUCGUGUGAAUUUUAAUACUUAUCCUUUGGUUGAAAUACGUUUGGUUGUUUUAUUUUCGGUUGUUUUAUAGUCCCCCAUUAAUUAUUAUGGCCCUACAUAAUUAUUAAAAAAAAAAAAAGAAUAAAAAAUACUGUUUAGUGGCAACACUGGUUUUACAAUUUUUCGAUAACACAAUCUCUGCUUAUAUGUUUAUGAAAAAUAUAAACCAUUCAAUUCAUUCAACUACUAGAGCGUUCGUUUUAUUAAUAGUUAUACAAUUACAUUUGUAUUUUAUCGUUCUACUUAUCUAUGGUUACAUUUUAUUUAUCACCCACAUAUUAGUUAUAAGUUAUACUUGUAUAUACAAAAGCUAUUUGGUCGGCAUGUACCUAUUAUGUUUCUUUUCCUUUUUUAAGCUGGACAAGAAAGUAGUCGUAUUAGGAAUGCAAAAUUCGUGAAUAAAUGGUGCUUACAGCCAAGCGGAAUCAACAAUGGAGACUCCCAAAUCGAAUCGAUUCUGCUGUAACUUUUGUGUUAGAGCAGCCAAAAGCAUUCCUGUGAUAUUUAUAUUGUGUAUACUUUCGUGGUCGUAUUAUGCUUACGUCUAUCAUUUAUGCAUCAGUAUGGUUUUUAUAUUAUACACUACGACAACCACUAAUUUAUUGUGUUUAAUUAAAUUGUUAUUAUUUUUUGUCUAGACCGAAUUACGUCCAUCGAAGUAAAAGUAACUUAUCUGAUAAUGUACCAUGUCAUUUUAUUUUUCUUCCUAUGGUCUUACUUCAAAACAAUUUUCACAGAACCAGGCGGCGCACCACUAAAAGUAAUACUUGUUGUCUAUUUAUUGUAUUAUUUCAUAAUGCUGAGUCACUUUUACAGUUCAGACUGUCAGAAGAAGUAUUUGAUGAUUUCAAUAAAAAUCCUAUAAACCUGCCCAGGCAAAAUGCUAUCUUACGUGACUUUGCUGAAAAUUUGCCCAUCAUGACAUUUACAAACACUAAUGGUAAUAAUUCAUAUUUUAUAUUGUGUUUCCACAAUUGUAUACAAGAAUCAGUGUUUGACUAAAAUAGUAGAACAUUUUUUUUCAGAUAUUCGAUUCUGUGAUAAAUGUAGAAUAGUGAAACCUGACAGGUCACACCAUUGUAGUGUGUGUCGUAAAUGUGUAUUAAAAAUGGAUCACCAUUGUCCAUGGGUUAACAAUUGCGUGUCGUAUACAAACUAUAAGUAUUUUAUAUUGUUUUUGGCUUAUGGUCUUCUGAUGUGUAUUUAUGUGGUAGCUACAACUGGAGAAUAUGUUGCUAAAUUCUGGGAUGUUACUUCGAAUAUGGUAAUUUUUGUAUAAAAAAUAUUAUAGUAAUUUUAACAAACUAAUAAAACAAAUUAAAUUAAAAUAAUGGUAAAUUAUCAUUUAUACUGCCCUCAUAUGCAAAAACGCUGUAAAUCACGAGAACAUUUUUGAGAAAUAACGGGUUUAUAUAUUUUACAUUUUCUGAACUUCAUAAUACCUCUUACAUUUUUUUUUUAUCAAAAUAUGAUAUGGAUUUUCAUAUGUAAUUUUACUUGAUAUAUGCAAUGGAAUAUAAAUAAAUAUGAAUUAAUUAAUUUUAAAGUACUUAUCCAACUUUUUAUAUUAUACAUAUAUUAAUAAUUUAUAUUAUUGCUAAUAUAUUUUGAUGAUCUAUUGGUUACAGAUAUAUUUUACACAUGUCACAUUGUGUAAAACCACAAUCUGUAAUAAGUAUAAACUCCUGUCAAAAGAAAUAUUGCUAAUAGUCUAUUGUAGAAUAAUUUUUCAAACAUAAACAUAUUUACUUAAGAAGUCUGAAUUUUACAAUUGGUUUGAUGCAUGUAACUCAUUUUCUAUUUUUUUUUUUUGGACUCCUUUGCUUAAUAGGGCAGUAUACUAGUUAAUUAUAGUUAUUAAAAAAAAAAAAAAAACCAUUAAUAAAUUGCCAAUGAAUAUAAAUUCUUUAAUGAUCAAUAUUUAAACUAUUAAACUUUGUUAUUCCUAAUAUAUAGAAAUCAACUAAAGUAAUGUCUACUACAAGUAUUAUAAUAUGUCAUUAAUUAUUAUUGUUGAAUUUUAAGUAUAGAAAUUAAUCUUCUAGUUUUUAUCAAUAUAAUUUUAAUUCAUUGAUUUUCAUCAAUCAUAUUAAAUAACAAAUUUCAAACUAUUAAUAGCAAUGAAAAUAAAAUAUUUCUUUUAAAAUAGUUUAACUAUUGUUUAAUAUUGAACUAUAUCAGUAUUAUUUGUAUGUAAUAAAUUAGUAAGAAUAAGAAUAAUUUAAACAUUUUUUUUUAAAAUUUCAGCGAAAUCAAGAAGAAGGAAAAAUUCAUAUAGUAUUCCUAUUCUUUAUUGCUGCAAUGUUUUCAAUAAGUGUAUUCUCAUUGUUUUCAUAUCAUAUCUAUUUGGUUUCAAAAAAUCGAACUACAUUAGGUAAUUAUUAUAAUAAUAGUUAAUAAUUUGAUAUGUAAUGUUCACUAAAAUAUUGACAUUAAAUGUGAUUCACUUACCUUACUCUCCCUAUUUUAGAAAUGUCAAAUGGUUAAUAAUAUUCUUUAAGUGCCAUUAAAAGCUUUUUUUUUAAUAUAGUUCUUCCCGUAUUGUCUAUCACAUUAACUAUAACUUCAUGUCUAUCAGUGUUUACCUAGAAAACAAUACCAGGUGAUCCAUUUAAGUGGGUACACUUAUUAUUUCGACAAGUAUUAACUUUUUUGGGAAUUCAUUUUCUAGUACAUUUAAGAACCAAGCAGUUCUACAAUUUUAUAUUUAUGUUUUUUUUCACCUUUAUUUUUGGGGGUGAAACCACUACGUAUUUUUGAUUUUCAAAUGGCAACCUAUAUUAAAAUGUCCAUAAAUAGAUGGAAUAUUAGUUAAAAUAAAUUUUGGUGUUGACAUUUUUAAUUUCUGUCUAUCUGUUAACGAGAUAAUCCGCUUUUAAGUUUAGGUCGGAGGAGAGUAGUGGUGCAUUUUGAACAUGCAACACGCCUCAUGCUGUAAACUUUAAAGUGUAAUAUCUUUUCAAUGGUCAGACGGAAAUCAAUAAUGUCAACACUAAAAUUUAUUUUAACUAAUAUUCCAUCUAUUCAUGGACAUUUUAAUAUAGGUUGCCAUUUGAAAAUCAAAAAUACGUAGUGGUUUUACCCCCAAAAAUAAGGGUGAAAAAAAAACAUAAAUAUAAAAUUGUAGAGCUGCUUGGUUCUUAAAUGUACUAGAAAAUGAAUUCCCAAAAAAGUUAAUACUUUCUGAGAUAAUGAGUUUACCUACUUAAAUGGAUCACCUGGUAUUGAACAUGACUGUGGGUUAGUACAAUUAAUUAAGCUUUCAAUAUUUGUGUAUUUUAAAAAUAUGAUUUGUUAAUUUGUAUUUAGAUGGAUGAUAAAUAUUUUAUGAUUAUAAUAACAUUUCUUACAAUUAACAGUUUAAAUACCAUAAAUACGUAUUAUAUAUGUAAAUGUAUUGAUGGUAAUUGCUGAACAGAUGACAUAUCAAACUGUCACCUAAUGAUAUUCAUAAGCAGGGUUCAGGACUUGUAGUAUUUGUUGUUUUGUUUUUUAUUUGAUAUUAAAUCUAGUAGUGCUAUGGAAAUUUUUAUCGUGUUACUAUUUAAACAACUUAUCGCGUUGGACAUGGGGUGAUAAAAAUCCGCAAAUGUAGUUUUAAGAUGAGUUCUAAUAUGAAAUUUAAGAGUGCUUCUUUAUUUAUUUUGAUAGUUUUAUUUAAAAAUGCUUUUUUAAUAAGUGUUCAUAACUUAUUAGCAUGUGAAGUAAUUUUUUUUUUAUUUUUAGAGGCUUUCCGUCCUCCUAAAUUUUCAGAAGGUUCUGAUAAAAAUGGAUUCAAUUUGGGAUGUUGUAAAAAUAUACAAGAAGUGUUUGGUAAAGAAGUUAUUCUAUGGCCUUUUCCAAUACGUACUAGGUGAGUUAAAAAAACAAAUAUUUAUUUUUUAAAUGCACUUACCAUUUAUGGAAACGUGUAAGUCAAUUAUGAUAUAACUAUUAUUUUCAUUUUUUGCAUAUGAUACAUAUUCAUUACCUUCUGUGUUUCCUUUGUUAUACAUUUUUAGUAAAAAGUAUGCUUAGAGUAUGCUUAAAUUUUAUAAAUUGUUCCAAGAAAUAUUAUUAUUUAUUUUCAAGUAUAUUUCAUUGUUGUUAAAGUAAUAAAUAUAUUUGGUGAUUUGAAAAGUUUAUACUAUUGUCAUUAAAUGUAGUUGAAGUAAAUAAAUUUCUGAUUUUAAGGGACUAUAAUAUUUACAUAAUUUCUGGUUACAAGAUAAAACAAUUAAAAUGAAAUAUUAAACGAUAAUAUAUUAGAAGUUUGACAUAUAAUGUAAUAUUUGGAAAAAUUCCUGACUGAAUAAAUCAAGCUUUACUUUAUAAAUUAAAUCAAUUUUUUUUUAAAAUAAAAAUAUAUUUAAAACCAUACACUUUUUUCAUCUAAACAGUAAAUUUCUCUAGACAUCUGUUUGUGUUUUUAAAUAGCAUUUACAUAUAUAUGUUAUAUUAUUUUAUGUAUAUUUCAAUGUUUUAUUAAAUUUUAUUGGCUUUAUUGACCAUAUUCUUCAAGAAAGUUCUUCGUAGGAUUAACAUUGUUUUUAUCAUGUGGUUAAGUGCAUUUAAUUAUUAUGAAAUAGUUUGGAGAACGUACAGAAAGGCUUAUAAUGAUCAUUUUUUUAAUUAUAAUUUUAUAAAGUAUGUUAAAUUACAUAUUACUAUCUUAGUUAUGUAGUACCCUCUGUUAUAUCAGCCAUUCUAACGUUAUCUUAACAAUUUUGUAUGUGAGAAGUUUAAAUAUUUCCUGGGAUUACACCGUAUCGAUAUUCGUAAUACGAUACCUGUAUUUUAAUUUGUCUGUUCUAGUUUGGGGGAUGGUGUGAGUUAUCCGUUGGCGAGCGACCUGAGGUCCAAUGAUAGAGUUAGGCAAUCACCAAACAAAUCCAGCAGACCGUUCACUGUUUAAAUCAUUUUUAUAUUCCAAGGAACAAUUACUACGUUUACAUGCACACUUCAAGACAGUUUAAAAGUUAAAGCAGUUUAAUAAUACAUUAUGUAUACACACUUAAUUUAAGAAUGGUUUACCUUAUACCAUGUAAACGUAGUAAAUUAGUACUUAUUCUAAAUAAUAAUAUAUAUAUAUAUAUAUAAAAAAAAAAAUAAAAUUGAUUAAAUAAUAACUAUACUUUAGGCUCAAGUCAGUAUUGUGUUGUGUUCACACUUUCUAUAUUAAUUAUAAUUUUAUUUUAAAAGAUGCAAAAUUCACAUAGAUAUUUAAUUAUUUUUAAUUUUAUUGAUGAUGUUAGCCUAUUAAUAUACGUUAAUUUUAAUUUAUUUAAUAAUGUGAGCAAUUUUAUACUUUUGACAUUUUGUACAUUUUUGGUAAUGCUUGUUUACUUAAUAUGUUUUUAAUUUGUAUAAAUAACGGUAUGAAAUAAUAUCAGUUUUUUUUUAUCUAACCAAAUUUACAAAAGCGUUGUUUUUAUUUUAAUCUCCUUACUCCUAAUUAUUAUUAUUUAUUUUUUUUUUUUUUUACACAAAACUCGGCAUUCUGUAAAUGUUCUUUGAUUUUACUAUUCCUAUUAGCUUAUUAAGUAUUUGAUUUUUUAUCUCUCAAUUAACUGCAUGCAUUAAUAAUUAAUAAUUAUCCUGCAGCCUUGGUGAGGGUGUGAAGUUUCCAAUCAAUAAAAAAAUACCCGAAGCCCAAAGUCUACUAUACACAGGUAUUUAUAAUCAGAAAACAAUUGAAUAAAUUUCAUUUGAUCUAAUCAAAUUUUUUUUUAGAUAUUGAAUGUUCUGAACCAUCACAUACAAUUUUUAUAAAGUAAAUUUUAAAAGAUAAUCUAAUAAAAAUAAAAUAACAUUUAUUUACUGUGAAUUUUGUAAAUGUUUCAGUGAUGAUGUCACAAACCCAGCAGAAAUAAAUGCCCAAGAUCUUAUACAAAUUUAGUACAACUUAACCCUACUAUUUUAUAAACCUGUUCUUAAACUAUAAUGUAUUUAAUAAUAUUUUAAACAUUAUUCAGUGUAAUACAUUUUGAUUAUAAUGUAAAGCUUAAAUGAGUUCUUGUUGGAUUUGGUCCAAAUAGCCCACUACGUAUAAUUGGUAUGGCUUGUUGGCCGAUAUUCAAUAAACGCAGAACCAUUGUAUUUUCCACAAUUAUUGUACGAUUCUUAGCAGUCACUAUUACACCU